AUCGCCAAUAAAUUUUCGGAAUUCAACAAUACUGCCUCAAACUAUUCUAUCCCAGUUCGGCAAACGUUCUCGCAAGUUCACGCGGGUUUGCAGGUGAGUUGUCGGGGUGAAUUCGCUGGAAGUUAGGGGAAAAAGUUCACUUCCGAAUGAGGAAGUUACGGCUAAUUAUUGUGGCCUUCAGGGUCGCGCCACUUCUCCAACCUCCUCUACGCAUUCUCUCGACAGCGAACACGCACCCACCUACACACACUUGCAGCGGCGACGAUGCCAAAAGCGUCGUCCCAAAGCUAAUACAAGCUUCAGGCUCCUCAGCUAUCACAAUGUCCGACGAAGAAGUCACGUACCCAACCCUGCCUCCGGACCUCGAAGCAGAAAUCUUCGGCAUCGCACCACCGCCGCCUUCCACGCCUGCAGCUCCGCGUCGACUUGCCGGGACUGGGUCAGCGAGGAACACGAACACGACAGGAGUACAAGACGGCAUCAACGGCUCCACAACACACGACAGCAGCAACACCCGCGGGCGCAAACGCGUUCGCUUCUCCUCGCCCCUGGAGAUGGGUCCCUCAUCCACUGAGCCUAGUCCUGCUGGGCGGGCUCCUGUGUACGCCGCUCCAGAUCGCGAGGACCUUGAGGAUGGAGAGAUUUGGGAGGGUGAAGAUGUUCAGCAAGGCUUCGGAUUUACCAGCAUUCAAGAUGAAUUGGAAAUGGCAGGCUUGCAAAUGGAGGAUGAGGAUGAGGAUGACGACGAAUACCUCGCAGAACUCCCAGCGCCCUUCAUCGAAAAUACAGCCUCGGUCGCAGCAGAAGGAGGAGAAGGAGCAGAGGGAGGAGAGGAAGUGAAAGAAGCCGGAAAAGUCGUCUUCAGUCUCUACGACAUCACGCCCUCCGCAAGCGCGAAGAAGGGCAAACGCCCCGUCUUCACCAGCUGGUUCGUCAUCGGGCGUCUCCUAGCCGGCACAGCCAUCAUCGCGCGCGCCGGCGCCAACAAAUACGCGCGCGUGCUGGCACAGUUCACCAUCGACUUGAUCGGGGAGGAGUUGUGGGAGGAGAACCUGGCAGUGUACGUUGAGUCGCCGCCGGAGCCGGGUGAGCAGGAUGCGGUUGGGGAUCUGCUGGAGGAGGCUAGGUUUGAGUUGGAGAGGAUUGACCAUGCGCAGGCGGCGUGCUUACGGCUGUUGAUUGAUAUGAUGCGUUAGGAUUGGGAGAUGGAGAGAUGGUGGCGAUUACUGGCGAGAUAAGAGGAGUUGAUGAUGCAGCCCUGUUCACGCGUCUGCAUGCGUGGUUGCUUGUUGGGCUGGCUGGAGAAAGAGAUACCCCAACGCACAGCUGUGUGUUUAUGCAUGCCUGAAAGAGACUACGAAUCCAUGUCUUCAGAACUCUGCGUACCUUCCAAGCGCAUUGUACAGGCCCUUGCCUAUGCCUGUCCUCCACCAUGAGUGCGAGGAACUCCGUUAAAUUCUCUCAUUUUGUUUGUGUUGUUGGCCGGAUGUGAGAAGAUUGAGAGAGGUGGUGGAUGUUAUCGAGAGGUGAUGUGGAUGAGUGCCGGUAGCCUGUUGCAUGGCUGUUCAACUCUUGUCGCGCAGCUCCGCUUUCCUGGCUGCCUUGAGCACUUCGUUCUCCAUCUCAACCUUCGCUAGAUGACGAUGUCUCCGACUCGUCAUGCGACAUUUCCGA